CACCACUUCUCUUCCUCUUACCUAUUCAAUCCUUCAACCCUUCACUUUUACUUUUUCUUCGACGGAUUUGAUCAAGAGUAUUCAAUUGUUCUUCUUCGGAAGCAUACCCUACCUUUCUUAUUCAAUCAAUCACUCCUUCAAUCCAUCAAGUACCAAGAACAAUUCACAUACCUACCCACCGUUAAGAUGAUGUUCAUCGCGAUCCUCGCCCUCCUUCUCGAGGCCGCUCAGCUCGUUUCCGCCCACUUCAAGAUCAAUUAUCCGAUCUGGCGUACCGACAGCUUGACCUCGGAUAACUACUCCCAGUGGACUUGGCCCUGCGCUGGCGUCUCUCCAGACGGUAACUACAACCGAACCGACUGGCCCAUCUCCGGUGGCCCUAUCCAGCUCACUCUCCGCCACCCCUGGACCUAUGUCUUCGUCAGCGUCGGCCUCGGCGAUGAAGUCGCUGACUUCAACAUGUCUCUCACCACCGAUCUUCUAAACACCACCGGCAACGGUAACUUCUGCAUCCCCGCUCUACCUGCUCCUCCCAUGAACAUCACCGAUGGUACCAAGGCCAGCAUUCAAGUCAUCACCAUGGAUUGGACUGGUGCUUUGUACAACUGUGCGGAUAUCACUUAUCGAGCUAAUGCCAAGGUUCCCGAUGGAAUAUGCCACAAUAGCUCCCACAUUACCGCUACCUGGAUCAAUCAGAAUAAUGAAAUGCCGAUGAUGAUGACCCCGAACGCCACAGUUACAGUAUCCGCCCCGCCCUCUGCGACUUCCUCCCCGACCUCAGCAGCAGGAACAAUCGCGAGUGGAUUGACAUUCGCCAUUAUGAUUGGCCUCGUGUCUAUCUUCAUGAUUGCCUUAGGUAUCUAAGAAGAAAGGGAUGCGCCAUUUCCGUCUACUCUAUCUUCUCGGGGAAAUAGAAGGUUGUUAGGAUGAAACCGAGAAUCAAUGGAGAAUUGCCUAUUUGCUACAUAGAUAUGCGAAACACCCCGAGGCGUGAAGCUUUGAUGAUGGGGAAU